AUGGAGCGGGCUAUGAUCGGUAUUUCUCUGCGAGAUAGAACGAAGGUGAGCAAAAGGGACGCUACAACUGUAGGACCUGCGAUAUUGGUGAGCGGAUGCGGGGCGGGGUUGUUAGGGCGAUUGCGGGGCGGCGGUUGCGGGGAGCGGGGCCCGGGUGGAAGAGCGCAGGGCGGCGGGUGGCACGUAACAAGUGAAGCGGCCCUGGGAGCAACAGUCUGCCGCAGCCCGGACACGCGGCCCCACACGCCGCCCCAAGCUGCGCGUUUCGGUCCGGACCGCGCUGCCUCCGUGUUCCUAGACUGGGCGCGCGCCGCCCGCCCAGCUCAACCGCCC